GGGUUUCCGCGCGAAAAGACGGCCCGCGCGCCCGAAUUGCAUAUAGCAUCCAUUGGAAGCAGCAGCACGCGACAGGCAGUCACAGUGGAGCCCAGCUGUGUUGAACAACGGCGGCCCGAAAUAGAGUUUUAACGCGUUUUAUCGUUUGAGUCUUGCGUUUUUAGAUAGCUGUUUACGAUGCCAUCCAGGACGACCCUGUCUCUGCCAGACGAUGUCAGGAAAAGCCUGCAGAUGCUGGAGGAGGAUGAGUUUUCAGACGAGGAUCACGUGAAAGAAAAGCUCAGAUUGGUGCAGGACUUCUUGCAUGUCGACGCUCAGGACCAGCUGACCAACCUGGAGGAAAAAAUGAAAAGUUCAGAAAUCUCAAUGGAGGUCUAUAUCUCUAAAGUAAAAGCCUUGCUGGGGAAAGAACUUCAUCUUGAAAAUGGCUCUCACGUUGAUGGUGUGGAGCAGAAUGGAAAGACAAAUGGCUUCUCAAACGGUUCCCACAAAGAUGAGGAUGAUGACGCCGUAACGAUAAGCGUACAGGAAGAAGAGGAAGCUGUCAAGUCGCCAACUGGGCCCAAAGGGAAAGGUGGACGCAAGAGCAAGGCAAACUCUGACACAAAAAAGUCUCCACCCAGCACCAGAGUCACGAGAAACAGUGGGAAACAGCCAACCAUCAUGUCCAUGUUCUCUAAAGUUAAAGUAAAUCUGUCUUGCAGUCAAAAGCGCAAGUCUGAAGACUUGAAUGGCGAAGCUGUCAAUGGACAAAAUGAACUGAAGAAAGAAGAUGACGCUGAGGAGUCUCGGGAGGAGAAGCGUCUCAAAGUGGAAUCGGAAGAAAGCGCCCCAGAAGAAGUAAAGAGUGAGAUUACUAAGCCAAUUUCUGCUGCGAAGACGCCGCCCCCCAAAUGUCAAGACUGCAGACAGUACUUGGAUGACUCAGAUCUCAAAUUCUUUCAAGGGGAUCCCGAUAACGCGCUCGAUGAGCCAGAAAUGUUAACAGACGAGCGCCUCUCCCUCUUUGAUGCAAAUGAGGAUGGAUUUGAGAGCUAUGAAGACCUGCCGCAGCACAAGAUCACUAACUUCAGUGUGUAUGACAAGCGUGGCCAUCUUUGUCCGUUUGACUCUGGACUGAUUGAGAAGAACGUGGAGCUUUACUUCAGCUGUGUUGUUAAGCCCAUCUAUGAUGACAACCCAUGCUUGGAUGGUGGUGUUCCUGCCAAAAAGCUUGGGCCCAUCAAUGCCUGGUGGAUCACUGGUUUUGACGGUGGAGAAAAGGCUUUAAUUGGUUUCACUACAGCUUUUGCUGAUUACAUCUUGAUGCAGCCCAGUGAGGAGUAUGGUCCAAUCUUUGCACUGAUGCAGGAGAAAAUCUACAUGAGCAAGAUAGUGGUUGAAUUCCUCCAGAAGAACCCUGACGCUACAUAUGAAGACCUUCUCAACAAGAUCGAGACAACCGUGCCUCCUGCAGGACUCAACUUUAACUGCUUCACUGAGGACACGCUGCUGCGUCACGCCCAGUUUGUGGUGGAGCAGGUGGAGAGCUACGAUGAGGCCGGCGACUCGGAUGAGCAGCCCAUCAUUGUUACCCCCUGCAUGAGAGACCUGAUCAAGCUUGCUGGAGUUACUCUAGGAAAGAGCAUGCUGCUGUACUGGAGAGCUGCCAGAAGACAGGCUAUUCGUCACCCAACGAAGAUAGAGAAGGACAGCAAGGGACCGACUAAAGCGACCACUACCAAGCUCGUCUACCAGAUCUUUGAUACCUUCUUUUCUGAUCAGAUCGAGCAGAACGACAAAGAAGGUGGAGUCAAAAGGCAGCGGUGUGGUGUCUGCGAGGUUUGUCAGUCUCCUGAUUGUGGCAAGUGUGCAGCUUGCAAGGACAUGAUCAAAUUUGGAGGAAGUGGCAAAAGCAAGCAGGCUUGUAAGCAGAGAAGAUGCCCAAACCUGGCAGUAAAGGAGGCUGAAGAUGAUGAGAACAUUGAGGAGGAAGAUGUUCCAGUGGAGAAGACCAAAAAGGUUUCUCAUGCCAAAAGAAAGAAGCAGACCCAGUGCAAACUUGCAUGGAUCGGAGAGCCUGUUCAGACUGAAGGGAAGAAGCAGUACUACAAGAAGGUCUCUGUGAAUGAUGAAGUGCUGGAGGUGGGAGACUGUGUCUCUGUUUCAUCAGAGGAUCCAUCCAUUCCUCUGUAUCUGGCAAGGAUCACAUCACUGUGGGAGGACGCUGGUGGUAAGAUGUUCCACGCCCACUGGUUCCUUCGUGGGAUUCACACAGUGCUCGGAGAGUCUUCUGAUCCACUGGAGCUUGUCAUUGUGGAUGAGUGUGAAGACAUGCUGCUCAAUUAUGUCCAAGGCAAAGUGAAUGUCAUGUAUAAGGCCCCAUCUAACAACUGGUUUAUGGAGGGUGGCAUUGAUGUUGACAUUAAGGUGAUUGAGGAUGAUGGGAAGAGUUUCUUCUACCAGUUCUGGUACGACACAGAAUUUGCCCGAUUUGAGACGCCACCGAAGACCUCUCCUUCAGAACAAUGCGAGUUCAAGUUCUGUGGCAGCUGUACAUGGAUUAAAAAGAGAGAGGAACAGGAAAUCCCUCGUGCAUUUGAACCCCUGGAAAAUGAAGACAAUGACAGCAAGGCUCUGUAUGCUUUGGCUUGUUUUAAGGGAGAGCAGUUCAAAGUGGGAGACAGCGUCUACCUGCCUCCUGAGACUUUUAAUUUCAGCGUGAAGCCAGCCAGUCCAGUGAAGCGCUCCCACAGGAAGGACGAUGUGGACGAGGACCUGUAUCCAGAGUACUACAGGAAGUCCUCAGACUACAUCAAGGGCUCAAACCUGGAUGCUCCAGAGCCUUUCCGUGUGGGCCGCAUCAAGGAAAUCUUCUGUCACAGGCGUAGCAAUGGGAAACCCGACGUGUCAGAGGUCAAACUGCGACUGUACAAAUUCUACAGGCCUGAGAACACUCACAAAGGUGUCAAAGCCAGUUACCACACAGACAUCAAUCAGCUGUACUGGAGUGAUGAAGAAGUGACGGUUAGCAUGACUGAGGUGCUCGGCCACUGUCAGGUGGAAUAUGCAGAAGACCUGAUUGAAUCAGUCCAAGACUAUUCUAGUGGUGGACCUGACCGCUUCUACUUCCUAGAGGCUUAUAACGCAAAAUCAAAAAGCUUUGAAGAUCCUCCAAAUCACGCUCGCUCUGCUGCUCAUAAAGGAAAAGGAAAGGGCAAAGGAAAAGGUAAAGGCAAAGGAAAGGCGCCGACUGCUCAGGAACUGCAGGACACUCCUCUAGAACCACAGACGCCUAAAGUGCCCAAAUAUCGCACACUGGACGUGUUCUCUGGCUGCGGCGGACUUUCUGAAGGCUUCCAUCAGGCUGGCAUCUCUGAGACCCUCUGGGCCAUAGAGAUGUGGGAGCCGGCAGCACAGGCCUUCAGGCUCAACAACCCAGGCACCACAGUGUUCACGGAGGACUGCAACGUCCUGCUGAAGUUGGUCAUGUCCGGAGAGAAGACGAAUUCUCUUGGCCAGAAGCUGCCUCAGAAGGGCGACGUGGAGAUGCUGUGUGGAGGACCUCCUUGUCAAGGGUUCAGUGGGAUGAACCGCUUCAACUCCCGCACCUAUUCCAAAUUCAAGAACUCACUUGUGGUCUCCUAUCUUAGUUACUGCGAUUACUACAGACCCAAAUUCUUCCUGCUGGAGAAUGUGAGGAACUUUGUGUCAUUCAAAAGCUCCAUGGUCCUGAAGCUGACUUUACGCUGUCUUGUGCGAAUGGGCUACCAGUGCACAUUUGGUGUCCUUCAGGCUGGUCAGUAUGGUGUAGCCCAGACCCGCCGUAGGGCCAUUAUCCUGGCUGCUGCUCCUGGAGAGAAACUUCCUCGCUAUCCUGAACCUCUACACGUGUUUGCUCCCAGAGCUUGCUCUCUGAGUGUGGUGGUGGACGAAAAGAAAUACGUCAGUAAUGUCACACGAGGUAACGGCGGCAUCUACAGAACCAUCACUGUCAGAGAUACCAUGUCUGAUCUGCCAGAAAUUCGCAACGGUGCAUCUGCUUUGGAGAUUUCCUACAACGGGGAACCUCAGUCUUGGUUCCAGAGGCAGAUCAGAGGCACGCAGUAUCAGCCGAUCCUCCGAGAUCACAUCUGCAAGGACAUGAGCGCUCUGGUUGAGGGUCGGAUGCGUCACAUCCCCUUGGCUCCGGGCUCUGACUGGAGGGAUCUGCCCAACAUUGAGGUUCGGCUGAAAGACGGCACCAUGACCAAGAAACUGCGUUACACACACCCUGAUAAAAAGAACGGACGCAGCAGCACUGGUGCACUCAGAGGUGUUUGCACAUGCGCAGGAGGGAAGCCUUGCGACCCUGCAGACAGGCAGUUUAACACCCUGAUCCCCUGGUGUCUGCCCCACACUGGGAACCGCCACAAUCACUGGGCUGGACUCUAUGGCAGGUUGGAGUGGGACGGCUUCUUCAGCACAACUGUUACCAAUCCUGAGCCCAUGGGCAAACAGGGCCGUGUCCUGCAUGCUGAGCAGCACCGAGUGGUCAGUGUGAGGGAGUGUGCACGCUCUCAGGGAUUCCCCGACACCUACCGCUUCUUUGGAAACAUCCUGGACAAACACAGACAGGUUGGAAAUGCGGUGCCGCCUCCACUCUCCAGGGCCAUAGGCCUGGAGAUUAAGAAGUGCGUUAUGGAGAGAAUGAAGGAAGAACAAGCAUCAGAGAACAACAAACUGGAGAAGAUGGAAGUCUCCGACUAGUCCUUCGUUUCCCUUUCCAGCAAGAAUAUGUCGGGACAAAACCUAAUGAUGGGAAAUAAUUUCUUUUUAAAUAAGCUGGCUUUUAACUAAGUGGCCAGUAUGGACAUUCAAUGUAGUAUCAUUCCAUGUUGAGUUUUAAAUGUGCUUUUAAUCACGUUGUUCAAUGUAAACCUAAUGUGGGAUAAAUUGUAUGUAGUUUUUAUAUGUAAAAUUUCAAAUAAAGCUCUUAUGAAAUCCUA